GGGAUCAUGUGAUUUUAACAAGUUGUUUCAUUUGCAUUUUAUCUCAACCACUAUAGAAAAAGUAAAUGCCAUCACAUCUAACCUAAAAAGAAUUAUGCGAUAUGCAAAAAGAGUUGCAAUAGAUGAGAAAAUGGUAGAACUUGGAAUACAAUUAAAUUAUGCAUCCUUCCAGAUAUGGUUAUCAAUUGAUUUUACAGAAGAAGAAAGAAGGAAGGCUGAUCUUUGUUGGGAAGCUUGUCGCUACAUAACUUCUGCUCUCUGUAAACAUGUAAAUAAAGAAUCCAAAAGGGGAAAGUAUACUAUUCCACUGGACUGGUCAGCAGAAUAUGAAAAAUUCCAAAAACCAUACAACGAAAAGAGUGGUCAUGACAUCAAAAUAUUUUUCAAAGACCUUUUAGAUUAUUAUAGUAAAAGAGACCAAGGAAAUUGGAUACCUCAGGAAUUCAAAUCAUACAUUAAAGCAUGUGAAGCUUGGAUCAAAGAUACCAAAAAGCAGGAAGAUCUGCUUGAGGAGUAUGUUCUUCAUCAUGAUUUAACUAUUAUAAAGGAAAACCUGAGUCUUCUGCAAUCUGAUUGUUCUCUUUGUAAUGUCACAUCAAUGUUGGAAGAGAAAGGCAUUUACUUGUUGAGUGAUAACUGCAGAACAUUGAGUUUACAGUCAGAUCCUACUUCCACUUCAAGGAAAAGAAAAAACCAAGACUCAGAGACCACUGAAAAAACAAAAAAUGUGAAGAUGCCAAGAAAUAAUGAUGGGAUUUCUGAAUUGGAAACUGCACAAAAAUACAGGGCUGUCCAAAAGGCUACAGAUGCAAAGGUUUCACCUAAAGAAAAAAAGUUGAGGACAGAAAUGGAAAUAUGGAUAAAAAUUACAUUGAAUGGAGAACCAAUCAAGGUAAAAACUCAUGGCUAUAAACCUGACUUUUCUACAUUCAAAGAGGUACAAUAUGAAGAUGCACAGAAAAAAACAAGAACAUGCAAGUUUAGAAGAAACAAAAGAUGAGUACCAGCAUGAAAAUGUGAUGCUAAAUGAAAAUUUAGACGAUGAACCAGAGGAAAAAACCAACAAUGACAUACUUAAUCCCACUGGUAUAACAAAAGAAAAUAAUGACUGUGAAUAUACCAUUGAGAAUUUUGCCACUUGUGAUAAAUCUGAAAUUUUUGUAAGUGAAAUACCAGAACUAGAGGAAUAUACUGAGAUUUCUACUAUCAAACCAGUUAAUGCUUCAGAUGAUGAAUCUAUCCAUAACCCAUUGCCUGGUUCCUAUAAAAAUGAAUGUAUUCAGAAGAGCAGACAUUCAACAAAGUGUCCAGUGGAAAGUGAAUUGGGUACAGAUAUGAAGAUAUCAGGCACAUAUCAGUCAUCUGAGAUAAAUCAACAUUACAACUGCAGUUCACCAGAAAUGACUACUGGUAUAUUAUCUCCAGAUGCCCAUAUCAAACAGGCUGUGACAGAAGAAAACUCAUCAAAUACAGCAUCUAAUAACAAUAACAUGAACACUGAAUACCAUGAUGACAAAAUGUUUGAGGACAUCCCAUUGAACAAUGAUGAUUUACAGUCUCUGUUGUCUAUCUUUGACAAUGGAAACAUUAUGAACAGUGAUUCAACCAAUGAUUUAAUGGAUAGCAUCUUACCCAACACAGACAUGGUGACCAGAGGGAGAAGAAGUUCUAUGAAUGGACAAUCAUAUAAUGAUGACGAUAAUCUUAUCACAGAUCAACCUUUUGACUUCUCAGAUAUAGACUUUUUAUAUUUUGAAAAUUACAAACUAUAUAUAAAAGAGCUUAUUCAUUUAUUAUUUUGUUGGUGUCAAUUUUGUGGUUGGAGAAAUAUUUGCUUUUUAAUUAAAUUUAGUUUUUUUAUUAUAAGUUCCUAUCAAGUAACUUAAAAUUUGUACUUAGUCAGAUAUCGUAAUUCUGGUUUCUCCAAAAUCCCUUAUAUAUUUAAGAAAGGCAUCAAACAAAUCCACAGUAUCUGAAACUUGUGAAAUUUUGCAACCUCCUGCUAUCCUAUGUUUCAUUACAUUUUUAUAUGUCUAAAUUGCCACAUAAGUGUUCUGUACUUCAUUUGUCUACUCUAGUUGAGCUGAUUUUUUUACCUAGUCAUUAAUUAAAGAAGAUUUUAAAAUCAAGUAAAUGAUCAUGAUCUCAGAACAAAAAUGUCUCUUGACUUAUAACCAGCUCCUGCUAUCCUAUGUUUCAUUACAUUUUUAUAUGUCUAAAUUGCAACAUAAGUGUUCUGUACUUCAUUUGUCUACUCUAGUUGAGCUGAUUUUUUUACCUAGUCAUUAAUUAAAGAAGAUUUUAAAAUCAAGUAAAUGAUCAUGAUCUCAGAACAAAAAUGUCUCUUGACUUAUAACCAGCUUAUAUCUUUAUUUUUAACAUGUAUAAUCCAAUAAUACAAUAUCCGUAUACAUUGACCCCUUUGGUAAAAUCAUUCCAAAUAGUCUCCAAUGAAGCACCUAGAGGAUAUGUAUAACAAAAUUCCCAUAGGGGCCAGUGGGUAUAGGUAUUUUUGUUCCCUGUUGUAGAUUGUACAUAUGUUGCAUUGUUUUAUAUUAUAUUGAUUUCUUCUUUAAGUGGUUAAAAUUUUCCUCCAUCUUUAUUUUGCUGCAAUAAUUUUUAAGAUUAAAGAAGACUUUGUCUCAAUAUGUCUCCAUACUUAAGGGUCAUUUAAUGUAUAAUUUUCAGGAUUUUAGACAAGAACUACAUGUAGUAGCCAGUUUACACUGAUCAGGUAGUUGAUACUACUGAAGGAUAUUUAAUUUAUCCAAAAUAUUCAUUGGUUUUGUAUUUUUAAAAUAUUUAAUAUUCAUAUAUUUUGUUAUUUUUUGUGUUGUAUGCUUUUAAGACAUUUGUUUUAUCUAUUUUUAUAAGGAAUUGUAUCUAUGAUAUAUUUGGACAUUUUAUAAGGGUUUGCUUGGCCGUAAAAACAGAGUGUUCAAACUAUUUUUACAGAAAUGUUUCAUAUUCCUUAUUCAGUGCUCAUAUCUAUCUGAAAAUAAGACCUAUAAAAUAUUCAAUAAGUUUUUACCUAGUAAUAAUAAGUACACCUUUCAUCAUCAAAACUUACUUUUCU